UUCUCCUUUCACUAAGCGGUUACCAGUGCACCACCUCCACCUGCACCCACUUUGAUUUCUUCGAGAGAAAUUAAAAGAGAUGGAGGAUGAGAAGAGUAGCAAAGAAACAAAGUAUGAAAAAAGUUACUUUGAUGUUCUUGGGCUUUGCUGCACUUCAGAAGUCCCUUUAAUUGAGAAAAUUCUCAAGCCUCUUGAAGGUGUUGAAAAGGUUACUAUCAUAGUCCCAUCCAGAACUGUCAUUGUUGUUCAUGAUUCUCUUCUCAUUUCUCAGCUUCAAAUUGUGGAGGCUCUGAAUCAGGCUAGACUUGAGGCAACAAUAAGAACAUAUGGAACAGGAGGGAGGAUUAUGAACAAAUGGCCAAGUCCUUACAUUUUGGCUUGUGGAACAUUGCUUAUAAUUUCAGUGUUUCAUGUGUUUUUCCGGCCACUGCAGUGGUUGGCCAUGGCGGCCGUGGCAGUCGGCGUCUUGCCUAUCAUCCUCAGAAGCGUCGCCGCUCUCCGGCGAUUCACUCUUGACAUCAACAUCCUGAUGUUGAUUGCAGUGGGUGGAGCAAUUGCAUUGAGAGAUUAUGAAGAAGCAGGAUUCAUUGUGUUCCUCUUCACCAUUGCGGAGUGGCUUGAAACAAUGGCUAGCCAUAAGGCAACAGCUGGUAUGUCUGCACUCAUGAGCAUGUCGCCGCAGAAAGCAAUUCUCGUUGAAACAGGUCAAAUUGUCGAUGCCCGGGAUGUGAAAAUUGAUACAAUUGUUGCUGUCAAAGCCGGAGAAGUCAUUCCCAUUGAUGGUAUUGUUGUCGAUGGACAUAGUGAGGUUGAUGAGAGGACUCUCACAGGGGAGUCCUUUCCAGUUGCUAAACUGGUCCAGUCUCAAGUUUGGGCCGGCACACUGAACAUCGAUGGUUAUAUAAGUGUAAGGACAACUGCUCUAGCUGAGAACUCGACCGUUGCUAAAAUGGCGAGAUUAGUUUAAGAAGCACAGAGUAGUCGAUCAAAAACUCAGAGAUUAAUAGAUUCCUGCACCAAGUACUACACACCUGCUGUGGUGAUCAUAGCAGCAGGAGUAGCAGUGAUUCCCUUGAUAACCAGAACUCAUAGCCAAAAACAUUGGUUCAAAUUGGCAUUAGUCUUGUUGGUAAGUGCAUGUCCAUGUGCAUUGGUGUUGUCAACACCUGCAGCGACAUUCUGUGCACUGCUGAAGGCAGCAAGGAAAGGACUUCUGAUUAAAGGUGGCGAUGUUCUUGAAGCACUGGCCAGCAUUAAAGUUGCAGCUUUUGAUAAAACAGGGACUAUCACAAGGGGAGAGUUCACUAUCUUGAACUUCAUCCCAAUCGACAACUCCAUUACUAUUGACAGGCUUCUUUACUGGGUCGCGAGCAUCGAAAGCAAGUCGAGUCAUCCAAUGGCAUCUGCACUUGUUCAAUAUGCCCGGUGGAAAUCUGUUGAACCGAAACCAGAUAAUGUGAGUGAAUUUCGAAUUCAUGCUGGAGAAGGAAUCCAUGGACAAAUUGAUGGUUGUAGCAUUUAUAUUGGAAAUAAAAAAAUCACAACAAGAGCAGGUUGUCCAACUGUCCCAAUGAUGAACAAUUUGGAGGAAGGAGUUACGGUCGGUUACGUGUUCUGUAAUGCUACACCAAUUGGAAUAUUCACUUUAUCAGACACCUGCAGGACAGGGGCUGCAGAAGCCAUCAGAGAGUUGAAAUCUUUGGGUGUAAAAACUGCAAUACUUACCGGUGACAGCACAACAGCAACCUUUAAUGCCCAGAAUCAGCUGGGGAAUGUAAUAGAAAUGAUUCAUGCCGAACUGCUGCCUGAGGACAAAGUACGAAUAGGGGAACUUAAGUCGAAAGAAGGAUCAACUCUGAUGGUUGGAGAUGGAAUGAAUGAUGCACCUGCAUUGGCAAUGGCAAAUGUGGGGAUUUCAAUGGGCAUAUCAGGUUCUGCAGUUGCUAUGGAAACCAGUCAUAUAACUCUCUUGUCAAAUGAUAUUGGCAAGAUACCGAAAGCAAUCCAACUUGCAAGGAGAACACAUUGGAAAAUCAUUUUGAACAUUGUGUUCUCUGUGAUCACCAAGGUUGCGAUCCUCAUCUUGGCUUUCACCGGCCAUCCUCUCCUGUGGGCUGCAGUCCUGGCCGAUGUUGGUACAUGCUUGAUAGUGAUUCUGAACAGCAUGACUUUGCUAAGAACGAAAGAUAAGAUGAAGAAGAAAUGCUGCAAUUCGAAGAACAAGUUAAAAAAAACAUGCUGUUCUAAUGAGAAUAAGCACCAUGAUCAUGGUAAAAUGCAUAAACAUGGCUGCCAUGAGGAUGAGAUUGCACACAAACAUGCUUGCAAUGAGCAUGGCCACCAUGAUCAUGAGGAGGUACAUGCGCAAGAUUGUCAUGACCACAAGGAGCAUGACCAUGCAAAGGCACACGAGCAUGGUUGCCAUGACCACUGGGAGGAGGUACACGCACAAGGUAGUCAUGAACACAAUGAGCAUCACUGUCAUGAUCAUGGGGAACUACAUGAACAUGAAUGUCAUGGAUAUGAAGAACCACAUAAACAUGAAUGCCAUGAGCGCACAGAGACAGAAAAGAAAGAACAUGAGAAGAUAUCAGAUUGCUGUGACGGGGAAUUACCAAAUAAGUCUCAUUGUUGUUCAGAAUCUGUUGCAAAGGCAAACAAAGAACAUCUUAUCAGAAUACCCUGUGCAUAAAAACGACAUUCAGAAAAGCACAAUCUGUGUGGCUGCAAAGAGGAUGCAAUCAAAGAUGACCCCUGUUGCGCAAGAGCAUCUGUAAUAGAUCUGAAGGCACAGAGUAGUAACUGUCUACAUCUGAACAGCCAAAAUCAUGAGAUUACUGUACAUUGUUCGAGAAUAAGAAACAACUGUGGGAGGAAUGCAGGAAGCUCUUUAGUUGGAAUAAGGAGAAGAGAGGUUGCUAGGUGUUGCAGCAGCUACAGGAUGGAAUAUCGAAAAAGAAACAAUUGCUGUAGAGGAGCAAUGCAACACCCUCCGGGGAUUAUUAUUGAGUAAGGAAAGCAACGAAAGAAAGGAAAGGAACCAACAAAUACUGAUAAUAACCAUUUUUGGAUGUUUAAUCACAGAAGCAUUUGAAGGAACUUAAGAAUAUCAAGAGUUCAUCAUCUAAAGCAUAGAAUUUGUAGGGAAAAAGUAGUUUGAACUUCAGGUAUGUUGCUUAUAAUCUAUGCAAUUUAUGUUUCAAUAUAUAUAUUUUUCUUCCCAUGCAAAUUUAGUAUCAAAAGCAAAGCAUGCCAACUAGAAUAUAUACCUGCAAUAUGUGUGCAUGAAUUGUACCACAGAAUAGCACUUCCAACUAUCUAUGAAUAGUGUGAGGAGAUGAUGAAAAUGAACACCUUUGCUAGAGGGCUAAUGUUCACACUAACUUCAUCGCCCUUUGAUAAUGGGCUAAUAUCGCUAGGUUAUAAAAAAAUAAUUUACGAAAAAAAAGACGUAUCUACUCAAUAUACAAAUUUUUAAGGAAAUAGUCAUUGAUAGUAGAGAGGGGCACAUGCUGAUGUGUGGUCUCUGUCUUCUCAUGUAAGGCUUUCACAUGAAUUAAAUGAUGCUUGAAGCUACCAAUUAAAUAGUAGAUGCAUCAUUCACAAGAAAAGGGGUAUUUGAAAUCAAGACAUAUUUAUCGUUCAUGUCUAAUGAGAUAUUAGCUGCUUCAAUGAAGCAAGUUUUUUUUCUCAUACAAAGAUAUUUUGAGCAAGAAUCAAGCGCACAAACUUUUUUAUGUGUUCUUACCACAUGCAUGGAGAAUGAAACAUGAUGUUUACGAAUCAAAACAACAACACAUAUUAUAAAUAAUAUAAAUCAGCACAUAUUUAAUUUAGUCUGGAAGAAAGCAUGGCUGCUCAUCAUAGAGCAGCAUGAGGAACAACAGUGGAUUUCUGAAGAAAUUCAGCAUCAAUGUGGAAAAAGAAACAAGCAAGAAGAAGGUAAAGGAAUCAAAAGUUCAAUCCUUCUUACCUAAUGAGAUCUGGGUAAAGUCAAGCUUUUUAUAAGAAAAAAAACAAAUUAUACUUGUGGGAAAAAAAUUGCAAGGAAUGUAUUCAAUGAAUUAGGUAGAUGACCAAAGAUAGCGGUUGUAGAAUUUGACGGAAAACUUAUAGUGGGGAAGUAAUAAAUUUAUUUCUGAAGACAUAUACUAGUCCAAGCAAGUUACUGGAGCAUCAUAAAAUUAUAAAGGCUUGCUACUCCAUGAAGGUAGUAUAGAUGCAGGUAUUGAAAUCAUACUUAACCCUGUUUAUACUACUACUCAUAUAAAAGAUAGUAACAAAGUAACACUUCCUACAAGAAAAGGACAACAAGAGUUCUGCUGCAUUACGAAGUAAUGCAAAAUGGAUGAACGAAGAACAUUUGUAGAUCCGAUAAGAGAAAAGGUCAGGUAUACUA